ACAGUUACUAAUUAAUUAUGUAAGCAUGUAAUAACAUAUAUAUAUCACUGACCCACGUGUAUAUAUAUCCCACUCUUCUCUACCUUUUUUCUCUCCUUACCAAUUCUAAACGCCUCUCUGUCUAUUUCUUAAGCUUUCUCUCUCUAACGGCGGAGCCAUGGGUUAUCCGGUGGGCUACACUGAGCUCCUCCUCCCAAGAAUCUUCCUUCACUUACUCUCUCUCUUAGGCUUAAUCCGAACACUCAUAGACACUGGUUUUCGAAUAUUGGGUCUACCCGACUUCCUCGAAUCCGACCCAGUUUCAUCGUCAUCAUCAUGGCCGGAACCACCGUCUAUGUCCACGGCGGCACAUCAUCACCAAGAAAGCUCAUUUCUCUUUCCAGUAGCGGCGAGGCUAGCAGGAGAAAUCUUACCCGUUAUCAGAUUCUCGGAGCUAAACCGACCCGGAUUCGGAUCCGGAUCAGAUUGCUGCGCGGUGUGCCUCCACGAGUUCGAGAACGAAGACGAGAUCCGACGGCUGACGAAUUGCCAACACAUAUUUCAUCGGAGCUGUUUGGACCGUUGGAUGAUGGGUUAUAAUCAGAUGACGUGUCCACUUUGUAGAAUGCCGUUUAUUCCUGAUGAGUUACAAGUUGCUUUUAACCAACGAGUUUGGUCUGAAUCUGACAUUCUCGCAGAAUCAACUUAGAUUCUUCUUUCUUCUUUUUUCUUUUUUAGUGGAAUUAGUUUCUGCAAAUGGGAAAAUAAUUUCUUUCUUAUUUUUUGUGUUUUUUUUUUGUUUAAUCUUUAGUUGAGUGGUUGUUAUAUGUAAAUAUAGCAUUAUAGGUGGUGGUUCUUGGUAAAUUAGAAGAAGGAAAUUUGUAUUAUCCGUUGAGGAAAAAGAAAAGGAAAUGAAAUGGAAAUCUUAAUCCAUUUUACUACUUAUAGGCUUUUUUUUUUUACUCCAACUUGGAGGGGAGUGAAAUAAGAAUUUAUUACAAA